GAAACAGGUCUGCUGCCGGUUCUGCAAAUCUGCACUGCCAGGCACGCCGAUUGCAAUGAGUUGCGGAGCUUAGCAAGCAAAAUGUCUCAAAAAAUGUAUUCUAAGGAAGACUUUACCGUACCUGAUCUUAGCGUGGGCACAUGUAAGAACUUAUGGACCUCUACUACCGCAGCCUCGAGAUCUAUCCCUUCUUAACAAACUCCCUUGCGCACAGAAUUUACACCAGACAACCACGCUGCUAUUAAAUCAGCAGUUCAAUAAAAAGCAGAUAAAUUGUUAUGAUUCUUUCACAAAUAGUACCCAUCAGAUGAAAUUUAUCACAGAUGACAAAGUUUGACUGAGGUGCCGAUCGCAAUGAUGGGAUGGCGUCUCGCAGCGACUGUCAGCCGACGUUGGUCACCAAGCUGUGUCAAUUUGGAAAGCUUGGACCUCAGCUUCAGCACGUCGCACGUCGCAGCUGGUAAGAUUUGUCGACACUUGGUGGGUGCUGUGCUCGGGAGUCUUUCUCGUCAAUAUGAUUGAAGAUGCCCUAUGAUUAGAUUCAUGGCAUUUACUUAUGAUCAGUCUUCGACCGAAGGUGAGAGUGGAUAUUAGUCUGCUGCGAGAUUUUCCGUAGGAUAUCCGUGCCUCUUCUGCCUCAGCUUGCCACAGCCAAAAUGCCCAGAUUUUUAGAAGCCCAGGCCAAGAUGAAGAUGGAUAUGGCAAACGCUUACGGCAGCGAGAAGGUCGGUGGUUUGACUGGACUUGGUGCCUUUGUGCGCUGGUCGAAAUUCUAGGAUGCUUAGCUCGCAGAGUUGUUGGGGUACAGGUUCUUGAGAGGUGGACUCGCUCGCAGGCAGCCAGUCGAUGUUUGUUAUGCAUUUUGCCAUGUGCAUUGCAUUUCCAGAAACCACCGCUCCGAAUUAUUGACCUUCACGUCGACGAGCAGCACGCAGCCGAGGCCGACCACCAUCAUCAAAAGGAUCUGAAAAUAACACCACGCGGGGACAUUGUAGCACGAGAAGGACGUUCACCAGCAGUGGCGUAUUAUCCUGAUGUUCCCCACCACUACCUCACGCACGAAGACAUCAGCCACGCGCAGGGUUCUCUAGAUAUCGGCCCAAUCAAGAGACGAGUUCCGAUCUCACUCAUGAGGGGACGAACGCAGCUGAACAGGCGAGAUCCACGAGCGCCAUCUUACGCAUUUCGAGGUGUUCUGCCGAAUGAGUAUCGACAAUGAAAAGCGGGUUCCCUGUGGAUGUGCCCCACCUAAAGACCUUCUCCAUGUUUCACAGAAUUUCCCUCAUCGAUCGGCCUUCCAGGACCCUCCCUACACAUGCAUGAGCCGUGGUUUUUAGAAAGGAAGCCUGAUAACGAUUCUGUACGACGGACCCCUUUUGAGGUUAUAUUCUUCUUGGCAGUAGGUAUCAUAACAUGUUUUCCGCAGCCUCAUCGUCGCCACCAGACCAGUGGGAGUAGCUACCACCCACUCAUGUUCACGGAAUCCCUUCCAUCGAAAAGUAAAUCGCAAUUCUCGUUCUUAUCCACUUCACACGGUCGCUGAACAACUGUACAUGUUAAAGAUGCCCUUUCUUCCGUUGUUAUGGCUCCAAAUGCAUCUGCCUGCGUGUACUUGAGAACCAGGCAACCUCGAUUUCCAAUCUAUGCGCUGACGUCUGUUUUUAUCCUCCGGACUGAGGGAGCCUGAAACAUUUAGUUUCCUGUCGACUUUGAUCACCUUCGAAGGGGUUAAUGAAAUAUAUUGUUCAUUAUUUUGCUCAUUGGCUUAAUUUAAUGGAUCAUAUUUUGUUCAGUGGUUGUGGUUGAUUUCGACACCUAAUGUUUCUUUGAGAAACGGAUUUGGGAAAGCAUACAUUUGCAAUUGGUACAGAGAAAAAUCUAUCGACGGUGAAAUCUGAUUUGUGCACACGCUUGCUUCGGCACCUCAGCGUAAGGCAGAUAUUUCCCGAAGCUGAUGAUUUGCCCAAUCUUCGGCCUCUUGUCGCCGUGAUAUUUAGUAUUAUAUGUAUUCAUUAUGUCUCCGAUCCACUAGCUUCAGUAACAAGCUCGACGAGUAGGGCACGAGUGACAAUCGCAGAAGCGACAAGCCUUCAACCACCAUCGGGAAUCCGCCCCUACGGAGGUCUUCUCCAGAGGAAGAGACGAGCAACUUCACGCACCACUAGGCACUAGGAGGUCGAAAAAGUGAUUUUGGACUCGGAGCAUCUGACCGACUCCCACUUUACUAUGGUAUAUGCUAUAUGAAGGAUCAGAUGUGUCGCACGUGCAACAUGGGUUUGAAGACCGAGGUUUCUUUCCACUUCUUGAUCCGUGUUGGCUUCACGCCAAGUGAGACUUUGUCUGGCGAUUUGUACAUUUUAAGGCGUAUCGUAAAUGAUUUGAUCUGGGGUACUGCGGGUCCACCAUACGAAAGAGUGCUGUACCUUUCGAUCGCAGGUGUCUAGUUGGAAGAAGACAUCGAUAGUACAGCAAUCGAUGCCUUCUCCCACCUUGAUCAUCGUGUUAGUCUUUCGCUUUUCUUCUUGAUCACACUGAUCCAUUCUCGUGAAUGAUCUUAAAAGGUGCAGCAAAGUGUUUCAGCUUCGCUGUAUUGACCAGAAGACAUAUCGCCUGUUGCUUUCGGAAGUUGGGAAUGCAUAUAGCGCUACCCUGUCUCGCCACCGACCCCCUGGACGGACUAUUUGAAUAAGUAGCUUUCUUGGAAUCAUGAGCUUGACUGAAGGAGAUGAAGCUGCUUCCAAUGCAGCAAUGCCGAUUCACAGGUCGCCAUCGAGACCCCAGCUCGACCUAAGUGGAGCAGCAAUACAUGGCUCCACCGACGACAAAAGUCCAGCAAUUGUUCUGCCAAACCAGAGCGACGAACUUAGCCAUUUUGCAAUUGAUAUUGGUGGUUCAUUGGUGAAGUUAGUCUAUUUUUCCAGGCAAACGGAGUCUUCUCUUGUUUGUGGGUCCCCUCCACAUAAGGUACCCGGUGGAGAAGAUCGACAAAAGGAAGCCUACUAUGAUGGUUGGCGGAAACAUCCAAUCAUGGGUGGUCGACUGCACUUUGUAAAGUUUGAAACCUCCAAGCUGAAUGAGUGCUUGGACUUUAUUCAGCAGAAAAAACUACACUGCUCGAAUCCUGAAGAUAUAGGUGGCCUGGAGUCACCAGCAGCUGCUAAUGGAACCAGGCAAGGAGCCACCAUCAAGGCCACAGGUGGUGGAGCCUUCAUGUUUGCUGAAGUUUUCAAAGAAAGACUUGGAGCUACACUGGACAAAGAGGACGAGAUGGAUUGCUUGGUCGCUGGAGCGAAUUUUUUGUUGCGAGCAAUACGCUAUGAAGCUUUUACGCACUUGAAGGGACAGAAGCAGUUUGUGCAAAUUGAUCGCAAUAAGUUAUAUCCUUACCUUUUGGUCAACAUCGGUUCCGGCGUAAGUAUGAUCAAGGUUGAUGGAGAUGGUGUUUUUCAAAGAGUGAGUGGGACGAAUGUGGGUGGCGGUACUUUCUGGGGACUGGGCCGGCUUUUAAUGAAGUGCAAGACGUUUGAUGAAAUACUGGAAUUGAGUCGGGGAGGGGACAACAGCAACAUAGAUAUGCUCGUUGGAGAUAUUUAUGGCGGUCUUGAUUAUAGCAAGAUUGGACUCUCCUCCACAACUAUAGCAUCAAGCUUCGGCAAGGUGAUCUCGGGCGACAAGGACCUCUCGGAAUAUAGACGAGAAGAUCUUGCUCUUUCUCUUCUCCGGAUGAUCUCGUACAACAUUGGACAGAUCGCAUAUCUGACUGCUCUUCGGUUUGGGCUGAAGCGUAUCUUCUUUGGGGGAUUUUUCAUUCGUGGUCAUGCUUACACAAUGGACACCAUAUCUGUUGCCAUCAAUUACUGGUCAAAAGGAGAAGCUCAAGCAAUGUUCUUGCGACAUGAAGGGUAUUUGGGUGCACUUGGAGCGUUCUUAAGCUAUGACAAGCAUGGCCUUACCACCUUGACCUCACAUCAGUGUGUCGAACGAUUUCCAAUGGGUGCACCUUAUGCAGGAGGAGAAAUACACGGUCCUCCAAUUCGAGACCUUAACGAGAAGAUCACCUGGAUGGACAAAUUUAUCAAAAAAGGCAUAGAAAUUACAGCACCCACACCAACAGCAGUCCCUACUACUACAGGACUUGGUGGAUACGGACGUCCACUGUCACGAGCCCUGUCGUUACGCUCAGACUCCAGUGCAGCUCUUAAUGUUGGUGUGCUGCACUUUGUCCCAUCGCUAGAAGUCUUCCCUCUCCUUGCCGAUCCAGACAAAUAUGAACCAAAUACCGUGGACCUUAGUGACUCAGUGGAGAGAGAGUAUUGGUUCAACAUUCUCGCAAAUCAUUUGCCAGACCUUGUUGAGAAGGCAGUUGCUAGUGAGGGAGCCACUAGCGAUGCAAAGAGAAGAGGAGAUGCAUUUGCCCAAGCUUUUCGCGCUCAUCUUGCAAGACUUAGUGAAGAACCCGCGGCCUAUGGAAAAUUAGGUCUUGCAAAUAUUUUUGAGAUGAGAGAAGAAUGUCUACGAGAGUUUCACUUCACAGAUGCAUACCGAGCCAUCAAAGAAAGAGAAAAUGAAGCAGCUUUGGCAGUUCUACCUGAUCUGCUUUCAGAACUCGACUCCAAGACACCUAAUGAUAGGAUACUAGCGCUUAUAGAAGGAAUAUUAGCUGCCAACAUAUUUGACUGGGGAUCCAAGGCAUGUCUCGAAUUAUAUCGGGAGGGUACCAUUAUCGAGAUCUAUAAAAUGAGUCGAGACAAAAUGCAGCGACCGUGGCGGGUGGAUGACUUUGAUUUGUUCAAAAAGCGUUGGAUUGGUGAGGAAGGUGCUAUCACACCAAAACCACAUAAGAGAGCUCUUUUGUUCGUGGACAAUUCCGGUGCUGACAUUAUGCUAGGGAUGCUUCCCUUUGCAAGAGAACUUUUGAGACGUGGAACAGAGGUGGUGCUUGUUGCAAACUCUCUACCAGCCAUUAAUGAUUUAGUUGCCGCUGAAUUGCCUGCCAUCAUAGCAGCUGCUGCAAAGCACUGUGACAUUCUUCGGAAGGCCGCAGAAGCAGGUGGAUUGUUGUUUGGACUUCCAUCUACCAGUGAUAAUGAUAGCCAAGAAUGUCAAAAUGGAUCUGUGCCGCCGUUAUUUGUAGUAGCAAAUGGAAGCGGUAGUCCAUGCAUAGACUUCCGGCAAAUUAGCUCCGAGGUUGCUGAUCUAGCCAAAUCUGCAGAUCUGGUGGUUUUGGAGGGCAUGGGCCGAGCUUUGCACACCAACUAUAAAGCAAAAUUUAAAUGCGACGUUUUGAAGCUUGCGAUGAUAAAAAAUCAAAGGCUUGCAGAGCAACUAGUGGGGGGUAAGAUUUACGAUUGUGUAUGCCGUUAUGAUCCAGGGCAAGAGUUGUAGGUAUACAGCGAAGAAAUAUUGAAGUUCUUCUUACUGUGCUCUCUCCUUGAAAUACGCAAAGUUGGAGCUUUCUAUUAAAGAACAGCUUCCAUUGGUAGUGGUCGAGAUGUGCAAGUCUCGCCUAGUACGUCCACCUCAUCCAUGUAUGUGAGAUAGAUAUGUGUGUGGAUGUUUUGGCUCUUAUAAGACUAUUAAGCAUCGUCUAGUCCGUAUAACAAAGCUGUUUUUUAGGGCUUUGCUCAGAGUUCAAUCUUCCUGUCUGUCCAUCACACGCACUAAAAAUCAGC